AUGCGUUCGAAGUUCAAGGACGAGCACCCCUUUGAAAAGCGCAAGGCAGAAGCCGAGCGCAUUCGUCAGAAGUACGCGGACCGUAUUCCGGUUAUCUGCGAGAAGGUCGAAAAAUCGGACAUUGCUACUAUCGACAAGAAGAAGUACCUCGUCCCCGCAGAUCUAACCGUCGGCCAAUUUGUCUAUGUCAUUCGCAAACGUAUCAAGCUCAGCCCCGAGAAGGCCAUCUUCAUCUUCGUUGACGAAGUUCUCCCUCCCACGGCCGCCCUCAUGAGCAGCAUCUACGAAGAGCACAAGGAUGAAGACGGAUUCCUGUAUAUCACGUAUGUUUCCUCGCCCCGCCUCUCCAUGUUGCUAUGGUGCAUCUGCUGA